AUGGCGCUCGUGAAGAAAGCUGAAUCUUACAAGAGCUACCUUGAGUUGGGUCCUGACAAGCUGAACCUGCCUCCCUUUCAGUCAAAUGAAAAGGGCUAUCUUGAGAUCUUCCUUGGGGAGGUAUUCUGUCGCCAUCCUGGCUGCAUCAAAGAGGGCCGCUUCCUUUCCCUCAAUAACCUAAAGAAGCAUGUUCAAACGGCACACAAGGGCAAAUACAACAUUUAUGCCACUGAGGGAGGUGCGCCAAAUCAUGAUGAGCAGGCUGCUGCCAUUAACUUCUACAAUACUCUGUACGAGGAGUAUGUGGCUACUCUGAAGCAGGAUGCACCAGACCUCCCCGCACUCCCUAAAAGAAAGGAUGGAAAGGUGCACGCAACGAACAUGAAAAAAAUGGUUAAAGAGAUGGGGGGCGUGGUGCCGUGUUCUGCUUGCAAAGAUAAAAAGAAGCCAAGAGGUUGCUGCUCAGAGGCAGCACGCACCUUCUGCGACAACUUUGACCUUUUUGAUGAAGAUGGUGAAGAGGAGGAGUCGGAUGAUGAGGAGGAAGAGGAGACUGAUGAAGAAGCCUAA